CAGCGCUUGUGUGUGCGCUCUAAUGACGGUAGAAGGUGCUUGGGGGAGGGCCUCGGGGAGGGGCCGCCCAGCGCAAUCGCGCCCCUGGCACUUGCUAAGAGAUUCUCAGCCUUUUCUCCGCAGCUGGCACUUGAAGACUCCACGCUUUCCCUCCAGAGGAAAGAAGCCAUCUAUCUAAAUCAGCUGUUCUCUCCACGUCCCUCGUUUCUCUCUCCGCCAGUCGCCACCCCCACCCCUUCCAUUGUGUUGUGCGUUUAGCUCUGCUUCCUGUGUAAGACCCUAACCUCAUUUGUAGGAGCGGGCGUUACUGAGAAUUUCGGAUCCUCGAGUUGCAAUGGAGCUGUACGGAAAGAUGGCCUCUUCCCAAGAUGCCCGGUAUGGCCAGAAAGACUCCUCUGAUCAGAACUUUGACUACAUGUUCAAAUUGCUCAUCAUCGGCAAUAGCAGUGUGGGGAAAACAUCUUUCCUGUUCCGUUAUGCAGAUGACUCCUUUACAUCCGCAUUUGUCAGCACAGUGGGGAUCGAUUUCAAAGUAAAAACUGUAUUCAAAAAUGAAAAGAGAAUCAAGCUUCAGAUUUGGGACACAGCUGGCCAGGAAAGAUACAGGACUAUCACCACAGCCUAUUACCGUGGGGCCAUGGGCUUUAUUUUAAUGUAUGACAUCACAAAUGAAGAAUCCUUCAAUGCAGUACAAGAUUGGUCAACUCAAAUCAAAACAUACUCUUGGGAUAAUGCCCAGGUUAUCCUGGUUGGGAACAAAUGUGACAUGGAAGACGAGCGGGUCAUUUCAACAGAAAGAGGCCAACAUUUAGGAGAACAGCUUGGGUUUGAAUUUUUUGAAACAAGUGCCAAGGAUAACAUUAAUGUCAAGCAGACAUUUGAGCGUCUUGUGGAUAUCAUCUGCGACAAAAUGUCCGAGAGUUUGGAGACGGAUCCGGCCAUCACUGCCGCCAAGCAGAACACAAGACUCAAGGAAAGCCCUCCUCCGCCACAGCCCAACUGUGGCUGUUAAUGUCCCCCCCACAACACACACACAGGCAGCUGGAGGGGGCCCAUCACCAACCAACAGCGUUUAUAAAUGGUCGAUUAACCUUCAUUUCUACUGCCUAGUAAUUAUUUGAGGGAAAUCUUUGAUGUCAAUGGCUCAUACGCAUUCAAUUCGUGGAAGAUUUCCCGUGUUAAUAUGUGGCAAAUAUGUGAUCUCAAAUUUGUAAGGACUAUCCAUCUAUAAACAUCUGAUAUUUGCAUGUAAUUUGUUACUCGUCUUUGUAGGCUCUUUUUGUUUCAGAUUUCUUCUCAAAAUUAAGCUACUGCUGGGACCUCAGACUGUAAUUUCACUACCACUGAAUUUCGUGCCUCGGGUUCAAAUUUGCGAUUCACUUGUAAGGAUGAUAACCAAGGAAUUGCUUGUAUGGGGCUGGGGGUGGGUGGGUGCGGGUAAGAGGAGAUCUCAGGAGCCCAUCAUGGGUCCCAUCAGUUUAACUGUUCAGGAAAUGUGUCUGGUUUUCAGUCUUACUAAUAACUAAGGAGACCACUGACUAUAAAUAAAUAGGAAUACUGUAUUUGAAACCCUUGCAAAUUUUCUUAGAGAUUAAAUCUAGUUCCAGUUUAAUCCACCUUCUUAAUUUAGUUAUGUACAUAAACAGUGACCCUAAUGCAGGGCUCUUGGUGCCACUAUUUCUGCCCAAUGUUUGGAAUAUUUGAGGACAGACAGACAGAAUGACAGGCAUCAGCUCAAGGCAUUACGUAAGAAGGCUUUAAGCCAAGAAGAGUAGGAAUGGCUGCAGACUUCUCAAAGGACUGACUUUCCCCAUUCCUUAGUAACUGCCUCCCACUAUACACACACCAUCCCCACCGGCUUUCUGGAACCAUCACUCAAGCAUGGAAUAGAGAUGAAUUUGAAGUUUGUUAGAGCCCCUCUUCCUGUGGGAUAGACGCUUGCUUCCACAACCAGUGCCUUCUGUUCACCCCUCACCUUACUUCUUUUACUCAAUAGAUUAAUUUUUAAAAAUCCCAAUGGCUCUAAAGUUGAGGAAAAGAAUUUUUAUCUGUAGUCUUUUUCAAUCCCAUUGUUCCCAAUUAUAAAGCAUCUCCACCUGCAUUCUGUAAGUUUUACAGGUGCUUACCUUACUGAGAGAACACUCUUUAGAGUUAAGAAAAGUUGAACCAACACUUUAGGACACCAGAAGCAAUUGAGUGGGGACAGGGGGAGAAAACAUUCGAAUACCCUCAUUUUUUUCUCCCAGAUUUUCUAAGACCAUCUGAGAAUAACAAGCCCCCAGAUCUCACCAGCUGUUCUAAUUGAGCUGCCGAAGGAAACUGGCAUCCUUAACAGUGCAGUAUACUAGACUUGAGGAAGGCAGCAGGCACAGACUGGUGGAUUUAGAAGGACAGUUUCAUUAGGGUGAUUUUUCUUGUUGCCCUGCAUUGGUGGUUAUGUUCAAGAAUUUUUUUCCUCUUUCCAUAACUAGACACAGUUCCUGGGAAAGUUUUGGGUAUAAGUCUCUGGAGCAAGGUUACUGGUAGGUAAGUGUGUUGUGGGAUAAUAACCAUCUCCAAGUCAAGGAACUAGGUUGUAUACAUUAUUACUAAGUUAGAUGAAACUUACAGAAGAGUACAUGCGGGAUGUUUUCAACAAACCCAGGUCAUUUCUCACCUUGAGCUUAAAACCCAUGCAUUUGUAAUCAGUCUCCACUUUGGCAUCCUGCAAGGCAGGCCUGAGUAUGUUUUACAUUUUAAUAGACCAAUGAACUUCAAAAAUCGCAGAACUUUCAGUGAAGGGCAGGACAAAGCAAGGGUGGCAAACAAAGCAGACCGGUUUGCAACAGAAGCCUAUUUGCAUGAAAAAACAGUAUUUCUGUAACCACCUCAACAUGUGGGCAGGAUCAAGGUCAAAGUUGUUAAAACUCACUUGUUUAAUUUUGUAUGAAACAAUGAGGCCAAGAAAAGUUUCCUCGCCUCUGAGUCCCAUUCCCAUGUAUAAUGCAGAUGUCAAGGACUUAAGUAUGAUGUUCAGAGGGCUCUUACAAGCCCCUUCCUCUAUGGAGUAUUGUAUAGGGGCAAGCAAAAUCAAGGUGAGAAGAGUGGAAGGUCAAGAGGUGUGUUUUACUUUUGUGUAAACCCCUUCCCUGAAGAGAUCAUUGCAAAUGACAUUAAUGACAUUAAUUGGCUCUACAACCAAAAAACGAAGUCAGAAGCCUAUGUCACAUGUAGGUGUCAGGCAUGCCUACGCUGAACUACUUUAAUUCCAGUCAGGGAAGCAUGAGGGCAAGUGUCAAAGCCAAAGAACUUUGGAUACUUUCCGUUUUCCAGCCCUCAUUGGAAGUGGAUGAAACUUCCUAGUUCAUUCUCUGUUCCAAAGCUCCCAUGCUGGUGUGAAUUUCACUGAGAAGUUUCCAGAAUGGAUUGUCACAGAGCUCAGGUAAAUGCACACCUACAGUCCUGCUAUAAAGCUUGUGGGAAGAGAAAACUCUCUAUUCCUCAUUUCAUGAAGAGAUUUUAGUUUUAAAGUUAAAUUUUUGUUGUAAGAGGUAAAGCCACAGUGUGGUUUUCUUGUCAUCAAACUAUUAAAACUUGUAGCUAUGUAACUGCAAGGUUUUUUUAGCCUUUUUGCACCAACACACACACAUAUACACACUUAACCUCCUACAUUGUCUCCAACUCCCACUAUAGCCUAAAUAACCACAAGUCAUUUUUACCAACGGCCUAACUAUAUUUGUAUUUUAAAGAUGAAGAUACCUUAAAGUACAUGCUUGUGUAAAUGUGUACACUCUUUAACACCCAUCUUCUAUUGUAUGAUUCAAUUAUUUUUCAAGAAUGAAUUUCUCUGCUGCCCACCUUCUCACCACCCUCACCCCUGCAGUUUUUUAGAGACAAACCCUGAUUGUUGAGCAAAUACUUCCAAGAGCUUUGGUGUUGGUACCUUCCUUUCCAUUCUUCAUGCAAUUGAAAACCUAGACUGGAAAAUUCUGCAUGUAUUCAGCGAACAUCAGAGUGGAUGGGCAUUUGGUGUUGGGGAAUGUGAAUGGAUGUAGAAGGUGCAUGACCUUUCUGAAGUCCUAAGAUGGCAGUUUAAGUGCCACAUCCCAUGGUUCAGGAACCCAAGAACAAUUGCUUCUGAACGGUAGCUCAGUUCAUUGCUGCCUCCCUCUCCUCCUCCCUCUCCCCUUCCCAGAACAACUUCUACUGCCUUGGUGAACCUGUCAGUAGAUUCUAAGAGUUCCCGCUGAGGUUCACUUCAAGUCAGUAUCCCUUUGCUGCCUGGUAACUGAGUGCUAAGAUUGUUAUCUCUCAGGUGAGCGAUGAUGCCUUUAGUGAUGCCUUCAGUCAUAGCAGAAAACUGCCGCAUGGUUAUGAUAAAUGUGAAGCAUAAAUUCUAAAAAUUAUAACCAAACUAAUCCAAAACCCCUAUCUACCCAAAUACAUAGUGAGUAUGGACACUGCACCUACUUCACUCUUAUCCAGAUGAGUUCCAGUCCUUUUGUUGAGCACAUGACUCCUUUUCCAGGGACCAAUUCGAACUAAUUCUAUGUCUAUGCUGAACGCAGACUUUCAUGUAUUUUUUAAAGUAAAAUAUUCCAUUAUCAACUGAACUUCCAUAAAGCGACCUGAGUUUCCAAGUGUGGUAGUGUGUUCCCAGAGGCUCAUCAUGAUGGGCUCGGGUUGCUGUGUAUCUUAGUGCACAGGGAGGAUGUUCUCUGCCUCCUGAGGCUGACCAGGUAGCAUUUGUCAGACUGUAUUUAAAAUGUCUCCAGACUCUACCAAGCUCUCUCAAGGCUGAGGUAACCGCUGCAGGUGAAAAACUGUGAGCUAAAUCUGACCGUGUAGUCAGGACUAAAACCCUUUCCAGACCAAAAAGUGUUAAACAUUUGCAUCUACUGUUGGAAUGCUCAACCAGGUGUUGUUGGUGAGGAAUACUUAGGAGGUGGCCUUUCUUUUGUCUGAAGGUUCCUCUCUCUGUAACUUAGGGACAUUGCAUGACUGGUAACUCAAACCUUCUGUUCCUCUGUGUGUAUGCUCACCCAGUGUGCUAGGUCAGGGUAGCAUGUGAGCCGCUUGACCCUCGUGGCCUUUUUCACCCCCCCACCCCCCACCAGAAGAUGCCACCUCCACGGCACAGUUUCAUUUUGCCCAUUUGUGUCGACUACCUACACUUGCAUGGUUUCCUAGUAAGUUGGGGAAGUCCUUCCACUGAGCUGAACCAGUAGGAUCAGCUUUCUGGACUGCUUUGUAUUUAAAGUCAUUUUUUGACCAAAGCCCCUUAAAGACAUAAACAUGUUUCUUAUUCGGGAAGGAAUUGGAACAAAUUGGAUCAAAGACAAAGUUUAUGAUGACCAGAAACAAAACAAAACCUGUUCUCCCUAUAAUGUACCUACAGGGCUCCAGAUUAUAGAAAUACAGGAAAUACAGUAUCCCCUAAGAGGGCAGCAACAAGGUCCAGGGAAUUUAUCUAAAAUAUAUGUACCUAUUGUUAUUGCUAUUUCAUGAAUAAAUGUAGUUUGUCUGGAAGACCUUUACAGAAAUGCCUGAUACUCCAGCAAACAAAUAAUUCCUUUUGGUAGAUUUAAAUAUUUACACUUGGGCCACCUACAUGGUGUUGUCCCUUUACACACACACACACACACACACACACACACACAUCUUUUUAUAAAGGGAAAUUUUCAUAUAUGGUGCUUUCUCAGCACCAGGGAAAAAGGAGCUUUUGCUGUGUGCCAACUGUAACUAAAACAUUUUGUUUAAAAAGAUCUACAAAAUAGAUACUUUACACUGAUUUGUAUGUUUGCACACAUAAUUUUCAUCAAAAAUAGAGAAAAAUGCAUUUUGCUAAUGUUCUAGGCAAAAAAAAAAAAAAAAAAGAGUUCGAAACCUCUCUCAGAACACCUAGCUGGGAGACAAACUGAACUUUCCAGUUAUGGUUCUCUUUUCCACUUCCUGAUACUAUUUUUCAUUACAGUUUUUAAAGCAGUUUCCUCUCACUGAACGACAGGACUAAGAACAGGAGAUGAGACUCAAAAUUUCACCAUUUACCUGCCAUCAGUACCAUUAUUGGUGGAGUUUCCACCAGUCAGUUUCUGCUGAAGUGAGGUUGGUGGUUUACCUGUGUAUUUUCAUUCACUUGUGCUCGUACUUUCCUUCGUAGUGGACAACUGAGAGUUGGCUGUGGGUUAUUAUUAUUAUUAUUAUUAUUAUUAUUAUUGGCCAUAUUUCCAUAUUCACGUUUGGGGUAGGGAUUGCUUAGGUUCACGAAUGCUGUUCUUAAGGGCACAAAUGGAACAUGAGCCACACAGGCACCCAGCCUUUCAGGGAUGUGAGCGUGACAUACACCUGUCUAGUGGUUCCAUGCUCCUCAUACAAGUGAAACUGGGUAUUGUUUGCUGUGUCAGUAGGAUGGUUUUCCCUGCAUUGUUUCAUCAGCCCUAGGAUGUAUGCUAAAUGAAAACUUCCUGUAAUUCCUGUUACUAUAUUGUUGAUGUCAGACGUGAUGUGAUACCGUUGGACUGUCCAAAUGUACAACUAUUUAAUGGUGUUUGUGGAACUGAAAUGUCUUAAAUGUUGCAUGAAAAUAUGUUAUAAAAAUAGACUUGUUUUCUAUUUUUCAACACCUCAUAAUUGAGGGUUCAUGGGCCAAUAAGUGCAAUAUUUAAUGACUUACUCAGUGUAUAUAAACUAGCGUGAAAGAGUGAAUUAUAAUGAAUGUGUGAGAUGCUUUGAUGGCUGUGUAACUUAUUCAAAUUAUUUCUUGUAGCUGUAUUUGUCUAGUGGUGCAAUUUAUACAGUAAAUAUACCUUAUUGGUGUCAUGUGAAACUCCUCCGUGCCUAUUUCAAAAGUAAUUUUUUUCCUAUAAAACCAAACACUUAGUAUCUGCAAAUAUAUGUCAAUUUUGCGCUUUAGAAUUGUGGAUUUUAUUUUUAAGACAGAAUGGAUGUUCAUUUAUUUUAUAUAGGCAUUCCUUUCUUAAAUCCAGAAAUCUCUUAAAAGAAGCUAAUUUAGAUACCUAAGAAAAAAUAUGCACAUAAGGUAAAGUCUUAUUUAUUCUUCUCAGAAAUGCUGAUUACGUGUUCUAAGAAUUUUUCUUCUUGCAUUUGUGUGUUUAUUUUGUUGUUCAGCCUUGUAUUUUGUUUGCAAAGUGAACAUUGUCAACCCUGGGGAUUCUAAAAUAUUGAUGUCUUUUUAAGUUGUAGUUAAUGUUAUAUUCACUUUCAAUUCUCAAUUGUCCACACUGGUGAUAUAGGAGAAACAAAAGUCAGAAUUCUUAAGUUGCUUUGGUAUUUCGACAGAAACUCCUAAACUCAUCCUCAAACCCCCUUGGUUAAUCUUGUAAUUGGUGUCCUAGGACUUAAGUGAGAUGCAAAAUUAAAAAAAAAAAAAAUAGGCCUGGGUGCUGGAUUACUAAAAACUCUUUAAGUGUUUAUUUAUAUGAAAUUUGAAGUGGGUCACCUACCUUAAAUUCCUAUCUGCCAUUUUAACUUUAAAAGUAAAGCACUCAUUUUAAUACUGUGCUUUGCCUUUUCAUUUAGUUAGCAGAGUAAAUCAUGAUACCAUUAGGAAGAAAGGUUAUGACUUGUUCACUUGGUUUUAGAUAACUGUGGCCAUCUGUACAUCAUAAGAAGCCUUCCACUCUUUCUACAGCAGUGGCCUGAAACUGACAGGUGAGGCUGUGCCAAUCAUAUUAAAUGGCUUUGGGCUACCAUCAGUAAUGUGUGGCCCUAUUUUAAAUAUGAUAGCAUGAAAUUUGUACUCAGUUCUCAAACUGACUGAAAAAGUCAUGUGAAUGUGGGAGAAGCAGGGAGAUUACGGAUGACUUUGUGCCAAAUU